UAGUCAUCGCUGCUGCUGUCGUUUUGUGUGUGAAAUAAAGGAAUUAAAAUAAAAUUUCUGUAAGUGGAAAACAUUGUGCAAACAGGCAGUGGAAAUGUAAAGUAAUCUUUCAGUGGCUAUCGAGAACGUAAAUCGCCUACUGUAGUUUAAAAGGUGGGAAAUUCCUUCAAUGUGUGUUGGACUGUUGGUUUUACAGAAACCUUGCGGGGCGCGUCCGACGUGCAUAGAGGGCCAGAAUGUCGAGCGAUGAAGACAAACCACCCGCGCCUCCAGUGCGCCUCACCAGCAACCGGGCCACCGAUCGAGGAGAUUCUGUAGCCUCUGUAGAUAUGAGGCCUUUACCAAAAGAGCCUGAUGAUAGUGGAGACAGAAAGAAGAAAACUUUAAAAGCAAAAAUAAAAGGCUCCAAAAGUACUGCCCAUAAUGAUAAUAAGCCAAAUAUUAGCUACCCAACAAACUUUGAACAUACAGUCCAUGUUGGAUUUGAUGCUGUCACAGGAGAAUUCACAUCCUAUAAUUUUGUUACCAAGGGCAUGCCUGAAGCUUGGGCACGACUGUUAAUGGCAUCCAACAUCAGUAAACAAGAACAGAAGAGUAACCCACAGGCAGUUUUAGAUGUUCUUAAAUGGUAUGAUGCCUCAGCAACUCAGCCGCCACCAUCAAAGUAUAUGACGUCAGCUCAGAUGCAUACUACACAUUCAGGUUCUUCUGUGUCGCGAGUUUCGUCGAGUAGUCCCUCGUCUUCCACUCCCACGGAUACGGAGCACCCUGAGCCCCCGCCGCCGCCUCCUUCGCGACCCGACCGCACUAAGAGUAUUUAUACAAAACCAAUAGAAGAAAUAGAAGAAGCGCCGCCACCGCGUCCCGUACCCGCGUCCUCCUCACCGCCCCACGUGCCGCAUCCUGCGCUAACAACGCAUUCAAUAUGCAGCCGAGGGGAGACCGGAUCGGUGCUAGACCGCAACAAGAACCCUGCUGGAGCACAAACACCGCCCGCACUCGCGCCCCACCCCGCAUUGCCCGUUCUCCCCGCCCUUCCCGCACACGCUCCACAGGCAACUCCGCCCGCUAACGGCGCACCCGCCCCCGAAACCGGAAGAGCAACUGGACAGCAACAGAGGAAAAAGAAAAUGACAGAUGAAGAAAUAUUAGAAAAAUUAAGAACAAUUGUCAGUGUUGGUGAUCCUAAUAGAAAAUAUACAAAAAUGGAGAAAAUUGGCCAAGGGGCUUCGGGAACAGUGUACACGGCGAUCGAAACUUCGACCGGCAUGGAAGUGGCGAUUAAACAAAUGAACCUCAGCCAGCAACCCAAGAAAGAGCUCAUCAUCAAUGAAAUUCUCGUGAUGCGGGAGAACAAGCACAACAAUGUUGUCAACUACUUGGACAGUUACUUGGUUAAUGAGGAACUGUGGGUAGUAAUGGAGUACCUGGCGGGCGGGUCCCUCACGGACGUUGUGACGGAGACGUGUAUGGACGAGGGGCAAAUUGCCGCCGUGUGCCGCGAGGUCCUGCAAGCGCUGCAUUUCCUGCACACAAACCACGUCAUACACCGCGACAUCAAGUCCGAUAACAUCCUGCUCGGACUUGACGGGCAGGUCAAGCUGACCGAUUUUGGUUUCUGUGCACAAAUAUCCCCUGAGCAAAACAAAAGAACCACCAUGGUCGGAACGCCCUAUUGGAUGGCACCUGAAGUUGUUACAAGAAAACAAUAUGGUCCAAAGGUUGAUGUUUGGUCAUUGGGGAUAAUGGCGAUUGAAAUGAUCGAAGGUGAGCCGCCAUACCUCAAUGAGAACCCUUUGCGGGCGCUCUACCUGAUCGCGACUAACGGCAAGCCUGACAUCAAGGACAAAGAAAAACUCAGCACCGUUUUCCAAGACUUCCUCGAUCAGUGUCUAGAAGUCGACGUGGAUGGACGAGCGACAGCCCUCGACUUACUAAAGCAUCCAUUCCUUAAGAUGGCGCGACCUUUGGCUUCGCUGACUCCCCUCAUCAUGGCAGCAAAAGAAGCGGCCAAGAGCCAUUAGCGCAGGCCCGCGGCGCCCGCCGCGCCCGCGCCCUAGCGCGUCCAGUGCCUCGCGCGCGGCGCCGGGCUGCCGCGUGCGCCUUUACCCACGAUCACCACCGACGAGGACGUAUCCCACUCUUAACUAUUGUACUAUAGUUGGACACUCCCAGUGCCUAGUGUAACAUUUUCUAAACAUUCGCUUGCGUAGAAGUUAACUACGAUUUGUAUGAAAUCGAAGGAGCGCCAUCUAGUUACAAUACUGAAAACAGUAUUAUCACUAGGUGGCGCUCUUUCGAUUUAACUACGACUAUCGAAGUAAACUACGAAUUGUAUGAAAUAGAUUGUACUACGAUUAACGAAUUUACCUACAACUGGUACGAAAUCGAAAGAUCGCCAUUUACUAUACUGUAUUGCAACUCGAUGGCGCUCUAUCGAUAUUAUACAAGUCGUAGGUAACUUCAAUACAAAUCUUAUUUACGUUCCACGCGAUCGAAUAAGUAGAAAAUCUCACACUAGACACCUCGUAAUCAAAUCCGAGAUACGUCCUCCGGAUUAUUUAGUUGUCACCAACGAAUCGGUGUAAUCUACGGUUUCUAGUGAGUAAUGUUGACUUCUACGAUGAUACAAGUAUCUACUUAUAGAGCAAUAUUUUAUGUUUAUAUAAAAAAAAAUGGCUGCAGAUUAUUAAUACGAGAGGUGAUCAUAUUUUUACAAUAAAAGAUUGAUAACGUAGCAGUCCAAUAGGCGUAGUGAUCUGUAGGUGUCGUGUAGAAACGUUAUUUAUUGUAAUUAGGGGCGCCGCCGGGUCGCCGUGUCCCUCCCGAACGUGCCGGAAAGCGAAUUUGGAUAGUGUUUUGUAGAUAUAGGCGUUAGAUACUCGAAAUGUUACGAUAAAAUCUGCGAAAAGAAGACUGGCAGUUGACUCUUAGACGUAAUGUUAUAUAAUAGUAGAAUACGGUAGGGAUAUACAAUUAUGAUAUCAGCUUAUUCACUGUGAUGGUACUUGGCGCGGAUCGCGGGGAGCACGGAGGUCGAGCCGCGACUAGUGAGAGACUGCUUGGGAGAUGUAUUGAAUGUUUACUGAAGCGAUGCGUUUUUCCUCAUACCAACAUUGAUUUUAGAUAUGAGAUUAGUUUUAUAAUAUUAUAACAUAGCUUUGAGAAGCACGCAUUUUACUAAUAUUUAUGAAUGUGUGAUAGUUGCGUAUUUUAUUCUUAUUUCUAUUUUCGACUGACCUUAUUUUAAUUGGAUAACAGAAUGUCUGUUGCCUUAGGCUCCAACUCAACGAGCGAAUCUGUCGCGGCGAUACCCUCGCUGAGCAACUAACUCAUGUACUCAAUCGAGUAAACGAUUUCCAUGGCAGUACGAUGAGUCGCUCUGACAUGUAAUGCAAGCCACUAGUCAUGUUAGUAAAUGACUUUAACUGGAGAUUCACCCUGAACUAGUGUUAAUACAAUUUUACACAACAACGGUUUGCAAGCCCCAUCGAGUACUGGAAAUCUCGAAUCGACCCAAAAACCAAGCUAAAAGCAUUAAGAUUUAUUGGUGGCGCCGUGGGAAAAAUGUACCUGCCAACCUUUGCCAAUUUUUUAUCGAUUAGGGAGUCAAAAAUAAUUGCAUCGUCACUAAGGUUGCUGUAAUACGGUAACUAUGAAUUAAAAAAAUACCGGCGGCAUCCUCGCGAUAAAUCCGCUCGUGGAAUCGGCGCCUUACCAUAAUGCUUUUGAUUGUCGGUACUAUAGCCAGCUAGUUAAGUUAGGCUAUGCCUAUGAUUAUUAGGAAACCAUAAUUUAUUGCGAGCUGCUUUAGUUAUUUUGAGUUAUAUUGAGGAUAAUUUAUUUCAUUAUUCAGGAUAAUUAAUAAUUUCAAUGUUUUAACUAUAAUACGGAUACUCUGCAAAGAGCGAUUCAAUUUUGAUGUUACAGAUCGCGUAAGUUAAUUUAAUUAUGAAUGUAUUAUGAAAUAUAACUUUAUUUUUGUGACGAUAUCAUUGUUAGUCAUGAGAGCGAAGCAUUUACAUAGUAUUAAGUUUAUAUAGUUUAUUGUACUGAUUAUAUUCGGAAUGAGGAAAGAUUGGUAAUUUAUCGUUUUAGGCACAAAACAUUAUUUCCUAAUAGUAUGAAAAAAAAUAUAAUAAUAUACACUUUAAUUACAUUUCGUGAAAAAUAAC